GGAAUUUCCCCAGGAGCCUCUUUGGGGGGCGGCGUGUUUCCCCAAGGAAAGGGAGCUGAGCCUCUCCCGUUGCCAGCCGCAUGCCAGGCUUCCCCCGGAGGGAGCCCCAAAGCCCGGUGCUGAGCAGUAACAGCCCCGAGGCAGCGAAUGAAUGAUUAACUGCCCUUGUGUGCCGGCAGGGCUGGAGCUCCUAACAGGCAACUGGGUGGCUGCCCUGGGCUGGGAGGCUCUGGGGAAGAACCAGGGUUAGCUUUGGGGGGUGGGAGAGGAGGGGGCUGUGUCAGGGUCCCUUUCGCCACCGCACAAAAAUGCCUCAUCUGUCGGGUGCCUCUCCUGAGCCCCCAGCUGCCCCCAACCCUCCUGGGAAGGGCUCCAUCUUUCCAGAGGAAAUCCUGCUGGGGCUGGUGGGGGGGGGGGCAAGAACUGGGGAACAGCACCCUGGGAGUCCAUGAAGCCUGCUUCCCCUCCGUGCUCUCUUUCCGUGCCUGUGCCAACCUCCUGAGGCUGCUCUGCGCAGAUGGCUGGCAUCCACCGAUGCCUACACUCUGCACUGGCAUGUUUAUGGUCGCUCCUCUGCAACGCCUGAGCCACAAUGCAGCCAUCGUGUUCCGGUGUGGGGAUCUUUGCCUCACUUGGGCGCUCUUUACCCUAGUCAAGAGGUAUGGCCCAAAGGCUUUUCCAGGCACCCAGCCCCAGAGGGCUGACCAGUCUGGAGUGUGGGCCUUUGGGGGAGCCGGGACUCACUCACUGCCCCCCCCCUGCCCCAGGGCAAAAAAUGCUCCCGCUAGGUCUGAUUCCAGACCAGGGAAGAGUGACCCUUUAUUCCGUCUGGCAAAAUCGUGAGCAGGAACAAGGAUUGCUUUGUGUAAUAAUUAGCAGCCGGCCGGCAAACUCCCUUCUCCCUACGGGACUCGAGGCUGCCUCUCUCAGCUUCUUUCCGGAGAGCUGGCUUGCUGCUGCUUAUCCCUCCAAGCAUCCAAGCUCAGUGGGGCCUGCCCCACCCGGCUCCCUGCAGGAUCCUUCUCCUCCUGCUGGAGCUCCUAGGUGGCCAGGAGCACAGGAGGGACUGGUCUCCCACACUUGCUUGGUCUUUGUGCGUUAGAGGCUGGGCUCUGACGCACAGAGAAGGAGCACCGGGGCUGGGUUGAAGGCACCAGUUGUGGAAAAAGCCAGGCUAGCCUGUGUGCUGGGAGCUCCUGCAGUCUCCGUUGGAUUAAAGGGCCACAUUGGGGUUCCAGUUUCUGUGUGGAGGGCAAGAAAACUUUUCUCUGUGCAGAAAAGCUAAAAGUUAUUUUGGACUCCUGGAGAACUAGAGUUGUGCGGGAGAAACGUCAGGCCACAGCUCUCUGCUGGAAAAUUGUAACCGCCUGGCUUCAGGGUGGGAAAUGAAGCUCCCAGUCUUCCCAGGAGGAACAAAGAGAAGCCCACCUGGGACUCUCAUCAGCACAGCCCACAAGCUGCUCUCCACGCUUUGCUUUUGGAAGAACAAACCCAGCUUCCUACCAGGUCUCCAGUCAGUGGGAGCAAUGUCCUGCUUCUCAGAUUUGAGAGGAUGGUGGGUGUCUAGACCAGGGGUGGGUUCUACUUAUCUUUAUUACCAGUUUGCAUUGCGCCCACGCGCUCUUCUGCACACGUGCAGAUGCUUCUGCGCAUGCGCAGAUCAACUUUGAUGAUGUCUGGGUCAGUGGGCGGAGCCUCCCGCCAGUUUUACUACCGGUUCUUGCAAACCAGUCUGAACCGGGGGCAACCCACCACUGGUCUAGAUCCUCUUGAAACCAGGGCCUUCCCUGCUAGAAGGGCAGCUCCAGAACUCCCCCUCCAUCUGAUUAAGCAGGCGGGCAGUCUCGGCUGCACCCAAGGCAAAUGGCUGCAACGUGGAACCUCUUGAAGGGUCCCUUCCCAUGGCCCAUCUCUGAGGCUGUCCAGCCACUGUGCCUGAAGCUGGCACAAGAUCUCUGUGAGGAGCUGGACCAGGUUUUUCCUCUUGGAGGAGGUUAACUCUGCCUCCUCCUGGCUGCUUCCCCUCCUCUCGGCCACUGGGUGUGGCUCUUUCCCUGCCAUGUCUCCAGGCCUUGUGGGCUCUCCGUUUCCUGUGCCCAGCACAACUGGCUCUUGUUCAGCCAGACCACGGGGAGCCCCUGCCCUUUCUCUGCAGACCGUGUGACCGGCAGGGAAGGGCUGCCCAUCCCACUCUCUUUCUCGGCUUGGGCCUCAGCCCUGGUUUUGUCUCUGGGCAAGGGCGCAGGCUGACACCUGCAGCAGCAUUGACUCUACAGCCACUCUUUGUGGGGGCUGAUCCUGUAGGAGUCCUUGAGGGGAUCCUCCGGCUGCUGCCUCCAUGGUGGAUCUCCUUUGGUGGAGGAUGGGGGGAAGGCGGCCCUCUCGCAGAAGAUGCGCUCCGGUGAUGAGCUGGUGAACAUCAACGGCACCCCACUCUAUGGCUCUCGGCAGGAAGCCCUCAUCCUGAUCAAGGGCUCCUACCGCACGCUCAAGAUGAUCAUCCGGAGGAGGAACGUGCCAAUCAUCAGGCCUCACUCAUGGCAUCUAGCCAAGCUCUCCGAAGUCCGGACUGAGGGCACCGCCAUGACCUUUACUGCUGACCCCCUGAAUCUCUCCUGGCACUUGGGCUGCGAGACGAGUGACCUGCCUUUGCCGUGGAACCCUCUCUCUCCCCACUGCACCACAGAAAAGAACAGCUCCCUCGGGAGCAUGGAAAGUCUGGACCCGGCCAGCCAGACCUAUUAUGAGGGCAGCCUGUCCCCCAUUGACCAGGCCAUGUACCAAAGCAAGCGGGACUCUGCCUACAGCUCCUUCUCAGCCAGCUCGAGCACCUCCGAUUCUGCGCUGCGACCUGAAGAGGCCGGCUCCGUGGACGGCACCCAGCCCGGCCAGCUGCCAGAGCCUCGCUAUCUGCAGACGGGAGGAGAGCCUGCAGGCCUGCCGUGCCCAGGUUCUGGUGUCCGGUUACCCUCCAGCGUUCAGUCGGGCUCUCUUCCCAGCCCUGCCAAAGCAGCCACCGCCCCUCCCUACCCACCUGUGAGACAAGACAGUCUGCGUGCGUGUAACUCCCUGCUGGAAGACCCAAGACCCUCGAUCCACGCAGGUUGUUUGUGUCCCGAGAAUCGGUGGAGCUCGGACAUCUCCCUCUGCACACCUGGCCGAGAUCCCCAUGGGCCUGGGGGACAGUUGGCCACCACAGGCCCCCUGAAGGACUCUCCAUUCACUGACCAGUACUACCUGCUGAGCUCACACACAGAGUCACACUCUGAGAUGAAGAAGAGCCCACAAACCUCCCCCUCGCCUUUGGCUGAGAGCCCCAGAGACUCCCCUGAAGAGAAGGGACACGAGGUGGAGCCAAAUAACUGUGCAGAGCCCCCUUCUUCCUGGAAGGCUGACUGGGCUGGGCCCUUUGGCCAUCGCCACAGCGUCCCAGAACACCUGCUGGUGGCCCAGUUGCAGGCCUUGGAGGUCUCCCGUGGCCAGGAGGGUCCUCGCUGGACAGUGUCCCCGCUGCACAAGGAGCAGAAGGACCUGCAGGCUCCAGAGCCACGUCUAAAUCUGGACCAAUGCAGCCAGAAGCCCUGUGAGCCGGCAGAAGAGCUGGAUUCCCCCCCAACCACAGAAGACGGGUCCCCUUCUCCACGGGACGCUUGCAUGGCACUGGGCAAGCCCCAGAGCAUCCUCCUGACUGAUUCCCCACCACUGCCAGCGUUUGGCAAUGCCAGCACACCCCGGCCAGGCUUCCAGGCAGCCCCCCGCAUGGAUCAUUUGCCAGACACUGAAAGGGGCCUCCCAGCUACCCAGAAGACCCAGCAUCGCUCUGCACAGAUCCGUCGGCGCAGUGAUCGCUUUGCCACAAACCUGCGGAAUGAGAUCCAGUGGCGGAAAGCCCAGCUGCAGAAGGCCAAAGGUCCCGUGGGGCUAGCGUGCGAAGAGGAACCUGCCCCACAGGCAGAGGAGUCCCCCGCCCACACCGCAGCUCCUGCCCUGCCUCCUCCCUUAGGGGAGGGCAGACCCCCUGGCUCCUCUGGACUGCUGGCUGUGUCCCCUAAGCGGUGGGGCUCUGAGCUGAGCGUGUUUGGGGAGGAGAGAGCCCCAAGCAGCCCCCAGACGACGCCUGGGGACCUGGUGCCCAAGGAGAAGCCUCUGCCACCAGCCCAUGUGGGAGGAUGGGGAGGCGGCCGCUGGCGCUGGUCCCCGGAGCACAAGCUCCAGCCUCAGGAGUCAGAGCCAGGGCUGUCCUCACAGCUGCCUUUGGAGGAACCCGGCCUUUUGCCUUUUGCCGACCGACGGAAGUUCUUUGAGGAGACGAGCCGCCUGCUGCCCGCCAGGCCCUAUGGCUCUCUUCAGGGCAGGCCUGACAGCACACGGAUCCCCGAGGCAGAGAAGCCCGGAAGCACUGAGCACAGGGACUUCCGGCGUCACUCCCUUGACCAGUCCUACCGAUGCCCACCUUCGCCUCCCGUCUACCAGGAUUUCCAGCCAGAGAUUGUGAGGUUUUGCAAGUCCCUGGCUCAACCCGGAGUGGACACUGAGCAUUGGUGGGCUCUUCCUUGCUCGUGCGUGAUCCGAGAGGCCUGCGCCUACAGCUUUCAAGAUGAGUGCGCCAUGCUGCACUCAAGGAGCAUGCCAGUGCCACCCAGCCAUCGUGCCCACCAUUGUCACCCCUGUUCCUGGAGCUGCUGCAGUGAGUGCUAUUGCCCAGGUCAGCAGAAACUUGUGGAGGAUGGAGGUCCCUGGCAAGCAAGGAAGCCUUUUCAGGUGGAAUUCCCCCCGGAUGAAUGGGAGCCCCCAGCUGUGAACAGAGCAAGCAGCCACGCUGUGAGUCAGCUCCUGCAGCACCAGGUGGCCUUCACCAGGGUCAGCCCCUUCUGGACCUGCUUUGAGCGCACCGAACCAACUGGGCCCCCUUUCUGCCGAGCCCCAUCCACACACAACUUCUCCUGGGAUUGCAAGCAGCCAAAGUGGGUCACGGAGAAGGGGGGCUCGGAAGGGGGGCUCAGCGAGCCCCACAAACCCCCCUUGCGUGAAAGGGCCUAUUCGGAGAGCCACCUCUGCACCGAAUCUGCCGGUGUCUCUGCAAGGGAAUGGCAAGAAGCCCCAUUGGCCAAGGUGCAGGAAACGGCACCAAAGUCACCACCAUGCCAAGCCAGAAGAAGGGGGCCCCCACCUCCACGCCCUCCCCCACCCAACUGGGAGAAAUACCGCCCAGCCACAUCACACCAACAGCUUCUCCCUGCCCAGGCCAGCCUGCCCGUUCAUGUGCAGGACUCCUGGGCCCCGGACCAGCCUGGUUUCGAAGUGGCCAGGGAGCGUUCUCAGAGCCUCCCUGCGGAGCAGCUGUGGCACAAUAGGCCACAACUGCAGUGCCUGCGGCUGCCUGGUACAAGACCCGAUGGUGCCCCUUCCCUCCCAGGGCAAGACAGCCCCCACUACUACUGCCACAGGUCACCACCCCGGACCUGGGAGUGGCUGAUGGCUGAGGCAAGUGACCGGAGCGCCCCAUCCAGGGCGGCCAGUUCCUCGGAGGGGGCAGCUGCCAAGGAGCCUUCCCGGGUUGAGGAGCAGGAGAUGCCAACCGGCAGCCCCUCAGAGCCGCCCCUUACCUGGCAUCCCCAACAGGGUGUGCCUGUGUCCCAAGAUGCUGCAAGAGAGAGUCACAAAUCAGGGCCACCACCCUUGCGCCUGAAUUCGGAGGAGCUGAUGAGAGACGUGGCAGGCAAGGACCGCUCUCUGGCUGGAGUGCUGAGCUCUGGUUUUGGACUCCGGUCAGCAGCUGAGGUGAUGGGUGACCUCUUUGCUGAAAGUAGCUGCCCUCUCUGGCCAAGGCAGGGCUGGUCACUGCUUGGGAGUGGUCCCAGCUGCCCUGAAAGGCAGCAGAAGUCUCCCCAGUCCGCCACUGGAGGGAGAGCGGCCCCCUCCUCCUUGGCUUACCUCAACCUGUUGGCGGGCAAGGCUGAGCUGCUGAACCAAAUAAAGGACCGCUCUGAGUUGGCUGCAGCCUCUUCAGAAGAGGAGCCGGACCAUGACCUGGCUCAGAAGAAGGUGCAGCUGAUCGAGAGCAUUGGGCGGAAGCUGGAAGUGCUGCAGGAGGCCCAGCAGAGCCUGCAGGAUGACCUCAGUGCCAAUGUGGCCCUUGGCAGAGAGGUGGAGAAUUACAUCAAGGGAGCCUGCAAGCCCCAUGAAUUGGAGAAGUUCCGCCUCGUCAUAGGCGACCUGGACAAGGUGGUCAACCUGCUGCUCUCGCUGUCUGGGAGGCUGGCCCGAGUGGAGAACGCCCUCAGUGGACUGAAUGUGGAGGAGGAGGAGGAGGAGGAGGAGGAGGAGAAGAUGGCCCUCCUGGAGAAGAAGCGGCAGCUGACAGCGCAGCUGGAGGAUGCCAAGGAGCUGCAGGAGCAUGUGGGUCAGCGGGAGCAGCUCGUCUUUGCCACCGUCUCGCGCUGCCUGCCCCCUGAGCAACUGCAAGACUAUCAGCACUUUGUGCGCAUGAAGUCCGCCCUGGCAAUCCAGCAACGGCAGCUGGACGAUAAGAUCAAGCUGGGUGAGGAGCAGCUGCGUUGUCUCUGGGAGAGCCUGCCUCGGAGGCCCAGGAAGCCCUAGAGGAACCUGGAUCCCACCGGCUGGGGUGAGGGCUGGCUGCAAACUGCAGGGCCUCUGCAGCCUUCUGUCCUCUACAAAGAGAUGAUGCCUUUUGCCAAAGAGCUGUGUCUGCUCCUGCCCUCUCUGGCCAAGGAAGAAGCGGCCACCCGCGUGCCUUUUGCCACAAAGAUGGCCCCUCCUGCAGUUAGGAUCCAGAAAAGAUGGCUGCGGGACUCCUGAGUCACUGGAAUGAAGCGGCAGUGGGGGUCCUCGCAGCCUCUCCACAAACUACCCAGCUGGCCAGACGAGGUGACCCCGUCCCUUCCAGGGGCCACGCAGCCUUGCAUGGACAAAGUCUCCCUCUCACAAUACUUUCUGACCCGUUGCUCACCUUAAGUGCCUACAAGCCUCAAAGAUCCCUUUUCUGCCGCUCCAUGUUAUUUAUUUUCCGCUGUUGCUAUGUUAGAGUUUGCUUCCAAGUGAAAUGUGGAUCUGGAUCUGGGUCGGGCGAGGGCCUGGUGGCCAAGAGCAUUGGCACGGGCUGUUUCGGAGCCCAUGCCCACAGCGGCUUUCCCGGAGAGUCCUGCCUUGGCCCAAGGAGCCCUGCCAGUGGCAUCGCAUCUUUGUUGCGUCCUGCCCAUGUCCCCAACUAAGCCCUGGGGCUGCUGCUUCAGUCUUCCCGUGGGAGGGAUCAGGCUGAGAGCAGCAGCAGCAGCAGCCAACUUCACGGGUCUCACCUUGCCCUUCUCCUGCGGCUAGGCCUGCGUGGGCUCAGGUGGCAGCUGUCCAGCAGCAAAACUGGGCCAGAGGGAUGCCCCCUGCAGCACCAGGGUCAGGUGAGGAUCAGGCCUGGAAAAGCCCGGCUGUGCAGUGGGGUGUGGUCAGACCCCUAAGCCAGCAAUGGUGGAGGGACAGCAGGCAUAUACCCAAGCCUGCCUUUCUCGUGAGUUAUGGGCUGGCUGCCUUAAUUGAUCGACGGGAUCAACGGCCAAUCCAGCCCCAGUUACCAGCUCUUUCCCUCGGCCUUGGCCAGACAACCCUGACCUGGGAGAGGGUCUCCCUUCCACCUUCCUGGCAUGGCCUAAAGCUGAAAUUCCCUGGCAAGAACACUUGGGGGGGGUGGAGGGUGAACCGGGACUGGAUAGCAAGGGCUUCUCUUCCUACCUCUCCUGUAUUUGCGGCAGAGGAAUGUCUUGGGAUCCUGCCAUGGCUAUUGUGACUCUAACAUCCUCUUCCUCUCCAUUGUCCUUGGCCCAGUGCAGGAAGCCAAGUUUGCCUGGCUUAACCUCUUCAGCGCUGGGCUGCCUGGAACUCACAGCUGCCCGUUCUUGCUUCGAGGAAGGGGAAUAAGACCCCGGCCGGGCUGCCUUAGCAUUCUGGGCCUCGAGAGGAGUGAAAAUCCCACUGCCUGGGCUCCCAACAAGCAGGGAAGGAGGAUGGCUUGUCCCUCUUUAACCCUCCAACAGGGAGACUCAGUUUUUCCAGGCCAGCUUCUCAACGUGCUGCCCUCUAGAACUGGGACUGCAGCUCCUGAACACUCCAGGUCAUCAGAAGGUGGCCAAGCUAAAGCCAGUGACCCAGGCCACUUGGGCUUUGACUGCUUCCCGCCUUAGGCUCCUAAGGAGGGGCUCGCCAUCCUUCUUCUGAAGGGCUGAGCCGGCCUUUAUUCUUUUGGAAAAUCUGGGCUUUGAGGGACUUGAACGCCUGCCUGUUGGUACCUUCUGGAAAAGUAGUUGGAUACGACAGCCCAUAAUCACUAACGGGCCCCUUGGUAGUUGCUCUUGGUUUCUGCUUUAACCUCUGCUGCUCCUGUAACGGCCCUGGGAGUGGGUGCGCGUCCACCAUUUUGGAAGUUGGAGUGGGGAGGCAGCAGCCAAAGUUACAGGUCAGCCUCUUUCUGCUUUUCCCAGGCAGAACUUGGAAAUUCGCCCUGUCUUCUUCUCCAAUCUGACCUCCUGCUGCCUGCUCCCCCCCCUCCUCUCGAGUAUUUCUGGCUUGCUCGAGACGGAAGCCUUUUGUGGGGAGUUGGCUGUAAAAGCGUGGUGCAUUUACGUGUGCUGAAGAGGGGUCAGGUUGCCCAGUGGCUCUCCAGGCCCAGUUUCUGGCUGUCCAACACAGGGCGCUGCAUCGAGUGGGAAGGAUCUCUGUGCAACUGGGGACCUUGGCGAUUACCAGCUUCCCCUUCCUCCUCCUCUUCCAUGUCUCCCACCUGCAGCUCCCUUUACUUAUUGGUAGGAACAGGGUUGUUCCCUGCCCAUUUCUGCCCCUCUCCCUGCCUGGCUCACUCUGAGCAGCUGCUCUCUACCCAAGCAGCCCCUCCUCAGCGCAGGUGGAACCCAAGUGCCAACUCUGGAGGCAUGUUGCUAUGUGAUUAAAUGCUUGAGUUGCUGGCUGUAAUUUUGUGCUUCCUACACACCAAAGAAUCUAUGGUUCCUGUCCAACAUUUCCACAGCAAGAUCUCUUCAGUUGUGUUUCCAAAGGCACCACCACCUCCAGCAGCUUGUGCCUUGGCUAUGGUUGCAAUUAUGGGAAUGGGGAAAAAAGCAGAAUUACGUGUUGCAUUAAAUUGGUGCUAAUUGGG